GCACCCGAUGAGAGGGAGAGGCUUGAUGAGGGUGAGGGCUACGAGAGACGGGAGGAGAGUGGGACACGCAAUGGGAGCGACCGCAAUGAUGAAGGCGAUGCAAAUCAGCGCCAGCAGCCCGCAGAUGAAGGGAGACCCGCCAACAGCGACCACAAUGGCCAGGUGAACUACCACGUCGCCCAAACACACCAGACCCCGUACGCCCCGGCUGUUGAGACUAUGGUGGCCGCGGAACCCGCCAACGAACGUCAGAUCGAACAGCUUGGGGAAUCACGGGCGGCCGACAAGAGCAGCGCACCGAGCACGGCGCCCCUCGCCAAUGGGCAGCAAAGGGAGCCCCAAGUCGUCGAGAAAGACGCGCCGGCUACGGGCACGCUCGUCAGCAACGAGCAGGAGAAAGUCCCCGCCCCGGAUAACAACGUGGCGAAGACGGCACCCACUGACGGCGACACGGAGAUGGGCGGCGUUGGACCUGAACCCAAUGAGCAGCCGGAGGACGAGCGGGUACCGACAGCUGACCACGACCCCGCCACCGAGUUGCCUAAGCCAGGCCAACAAACCCACACUCCAGCACCGACGGCAAGCCACGAAGGGAGCGGCACUGGCGACAUCCAACAGCCCGCUGCACAAGUCGACAUGUCCAACAACGAGACCGCCGAGCCGAGGCCCACCGAGGAGGACGUUGAGAUGUCCGAUGUCCAACCAUCGACCGCCACCGCCGCGACUGAGGCCAACAGGGGACUUGAGCCCUCGUUGCCGAUUGCUCAACCAGCGCCCGCAUCUCCCUCGUCAUCAUCUGAUCUGAGCUCGCGCGACACUACCCCAGAGCUGGGCACUCCCGUAUCCAUGGCCAGGGACGUAAGCCCGCCGGCAACGCCAGGCGAAACCACCGCCUCAAACUUCGUCGACGUGCUGGGUGAGGCAGGCGAUUUGAUAGGGCGGCUCCGGGCGUCUGGCACCGGAAAUUCCGUCAUGGACCGUUUCUCGCUGCUGCCAAUCAAGCGGCCGGCCCAGAUCCGCCCCGGCCGGAAGUUCACUGCUCACGACCUCGACGCCCUUCCCCGCCCCCCGCCCGGCGAUGCUCGGCCGAACAAGUUUUUGAGUUUCUUCAUCCAGGCCAUGGGCGAUCUGCAAGGGCGGCCGUGCAAUGACUGCUCUUCGAACUAUGGCCCGUACCAGGGCUGUAUUAUGGUUGGCGGCGACCCGGACUUUGCCCGCUGCGGUAACUGCGAGUGGAAUAAACGAGGUUGCCACGGCGGCAGCUUGGAGCGUCCCACUAGUUCGCGGUAUAGCAACUCGAUCAAAUCCCCUACCAAGUCGCCAGGCAAGACCCAGACACCCGGCACCAGCUUCACGGCUGCAAACAAGGCAUCGGCGAGCCACGAGGAUGAAGGGAAAGCUGGAACCGCGGCCGACUCUGACGGAGAAAGGGCCAGAAAGGAGCCCCCGGUCAAGAAAGGCCCGAGGAAGUCUCUCCCAGGCGGCCGGAAGGCGACGGCGCCCUCGACGCCCUCGGUCAAAGCUCCCCAGGUAGAAUCCGAUGAGCUUCCCGAAAUUAACAAGAAGGUGCUUUGCCUCAAGCACGACGGCGUUGUCUUUACAGACCCGCCUAUGAUGCGCGGCGUGCCCCUGGCCAAGAUCUCUCCGGAGCACCCGUACUGGGAGCCCGACUGGAAACCGAUCGAAGAGCUCGUUGAGCCGCUCCGGCAGAAACACCAAGAGAAAUACGACCAACUCGACCAGGCGGGCUCAACACACCGUGAUAAGCAUUUGGCAAACCGGGAUGCAAAGCGAGGCCGCAUUGUCCUCAAGUUUCUAGAGGACGGUGAGCUGCACCCGUACCAGCUCGUCGGCAAGAAGUGGAUCAACUACAGGAUCACGAACUACGACACGCUGUUUCGGCUCGCGCAGCUGCUUACGGAAGAGCUUCCCAGGAUGGGCCUGGACGUCACUCCGUCGGAAUGGCUGCGCCACCGGCUGCAUGAGCUGUACAUGGAGAAAGGCGACAAGUUCGACGUGGCUAGCUGGAUAGGAAAGGCGUACCACGAUCGGAAGAUUGAGCAGCUCCGCGAAAAGAACGGCUUCCCCCGCGUCGGCCGACCCCCGGCACACGCGACGAAGAACGGAGAGCCCGGCAGCAGCACAAAGAAGCCGCCGCGGUCGCUCAAGCGCAAGGACCCGCACCAGACGCCGGAAUCGACGCCGAUCAAGUUGAAGGUGCCCAGCGCGAGCAAGCCACCGGUAUCGCCGACCCAAGCAUCACCAGCGGCAUCCGCAGCGUCAGCUUCGGCCUCGACAGCAGCAGCAGCAGCAGCAGCGGCGGCAGCGGAAGCAGAGGCGGCAGCGGCGGCAGCAGCAGCAUCAUCAGCGUCAGCAUCUGGACAACAGAAGCCGAAGAGGAUCAAGAUCAUCACGAGCCAACCCGACAAGCCCAAGGCGGAAACUGGUGAGAGCCCGUCAUCCGGCAAGCCCAAGAUCAUACUCAACAGCCCGUUCCCGCCGUCGGCGACAGCCGAGACGAAGCGAGCGAUGGAAGAAGAAGAAGAGGAGGGAGAAGAAGACGAAGAAUCGACGGGGCUCGACUACGACGGGUACACGUCGAGCGACUCGAUCAGCGACGACCGGCUGCAUCCCAACGACUGGCGGCUGCACCAGGUCAAGACGCGGUCGUUCGCGACGCACCCGGGGGUGACGCAGUACUGGCACUGGGUGACGGAGAAGCAGGGGGACAAGAAGGUGAUCGAGCACCAGGUGCUCGAGUCGGUCCAGCCCAUCAAGUGGUCCGUCUUCAAGAAGCCCUACAACUUCCACCUCAAGCUCGGCGACAUCCAGGAGGUCUCCUUCGCCCGCCACUCCACCAAGGUUGCGGUCGCGCACAAGAAAGGCCGUGAUGGGCGUGACCUCGGCCAGCGCGGCACUGUCAUGGCCCAGUUCAAGCGCGACCGCACCAAGCGUCGGUUUUUGACCUUUUUGAGCCGCGAGAGGGGCGUCAGGGUCGGUGAGGUGGAUGUGUAAGUACCCUCCAUUAUUUUUCACUGUGCUCCGAGCUACAUCUUAAGCUGGCUCUGGGACGUGUUUGCUAACAGUGGAUGGGUGAUGACAGAGAGGAGAUGGAAGUCAUGUGGG